AAAGUCAGCUCCUGCGACACUCGUCGAGAAUAUUACAACAGCGAGGCGCAGAGCUUUGAAUCGCAGCAACGCCGCAGAUGCGCACGCCGUAGACCGCUCGCGAUCACCUAGGAAAAUUGCUGGUAACUGUGGCAGUGGGUUACAGAUUGAAGAGGUAUCAAUCAUUGCAGGGUCGUCUAGUUCGCGGGAUCUGCUUGUAGAAACAGUUGACGCAGACUUAGAAAAGCCAAAGGACGUCGUAGACAUGUACACUGACUUUCGUGAAGUAGAAGCACGGCGAAGGGGAGAAGCGACUGCGUCUGUACUCGAGGAAGAGGAAAGCGAAAGCCAUGCGCACGAAGUUGGGUUCUUCGUUCAAGGCAGAAACACUCUGCGAGAGUUCCACUUUCCCCAGGCAGAGGAAGAGACAACGGAGUGCGCGGCCGUCAAUGAUGGCUCCCGGGACGGUUUGCCAUUCAUCGACGAGAAUCAGUUCAAUACU